CUUUUGAAUCGUCUCUCCGGCGGCUCAGCGCAUGAAUCCGUAACUAUUUCCUGCUCUGGAAAAGUAGGGCAGUUCCAACUUGAACGUUAUCUCACUCUCGUACACACGUAUCGCGGAAACCCGAAACUCUGUCGAUGGUUAUGCGCGUGUGGCGCGCUCGCACACACUAAUUAAACUCUGUGUAAAGUGUUCUGGUAUUUCUAGUCUGAGCGCCUCCCUUUGCAAACACCAGCCGCUUAGUCAGUGUGUGCAUUCGCUUCGGGAGGACCGCGACUGCACCUGUUGCUUUAGUUGGGAGUACAAAGACACAACUUUGCACAUCUUGUCGGCCCCGUCAUUCGCCUCUAGAAACCUUUUGGACGGUGGAUUACCAGCAUGUCUGCAGUAGAUCUUUGGACUAAGGUGAUCUUGGGCUUACAAAAAGAUACAACAGGAUCUCGUCAUCAACUUUCCAGGAACCUUCAUACUGCUCUGGUGGUGCUACUGGAAAUAGUUUUUAUUAGACUGUAGAAUCUCUGGAAGGUGGUGGCGUCAGAGGUGCGCUGUAGAUCUUUGAGAAGAUAUUUGGACUGAGGUUUCUCCAGGAUCUAGGGAUUACAAGGAUAUAACAAGGAUAGAACCAUACCGUUCAUCUUGCCAUCUACUUUCCAGGAACCUUCCAGGAUUCGUGUUGUCUCUUAAAACGCUGGUUUUAAUAGACAACUUUGGGCAAAGUAGAAGGUAUGGAGUAGAUCGUUUUGGAAGAUACUUGGACUAAGGUUUCUCUGGGAUCUAGGGAUUCCAAGGAUACAGCACCAGCAGUCAUCUUGUCUACACUUCCAACAUUUUUUGGGAGCAGUCAGAUUGGUGUGGUUUGUUCUGUUUUUUUUUCUUUUUUUAAAUAUACCUUGGUGGUGAAGGUACUGUAUGCAGUAGAUCUUUUUGAAGAUAAUAAGGUAUCGCCUCCAUUUUGCUGCUUACAUCAUCCAGUUAACAACAACCGUUGUAUUGGUGGCGGUGGUGUCACUGGAAAUUGUAUUUAACAGACAGCUUUGGAAGGUGGCAUGGUAGAAGGUUUGUAGUAGAUCUCUCUGAAGAUCUUUGGACUAAGGUGGCUCCACCGUAUUGUAAUGUAUUGGGAUUACGGUGAUCCGACGGCAGCAUUCGUUAGUUGUCGUCAUCAUCCCCUCUCCAGGAAUCUUCAGAUUGGUGUCGUGGUAGUACUUCUGGAAAUAAGGAGAAGGCAUGCAGUAGAUCUUUCUGAAGCUCUUUAGACUAAAGGGUUCUCCAGUCUUCUCUUACAAGCUUUUGCCUCGAUCUUUUGGAUUGGCGUGGUUGAGUAGCAGCGUUACCGGAUAUGGUUUUUUAAUAGGAACCUUUAGGAGGUUCACUAAAUAGUGUCGCAGGUGUCUCUUUGGACAAACGUAAUUCCUUCUGGAGAUUAUUCUGAAGACAUCUGGACAAAGAUCGCACAGAGAUUUAAUUGGUGUAUGUUCGGUCAUCCAACAUCUACUACAAUGGCUGAUUCCUCUCCAUCGGCGUUCUCCGUUUGGCUCUCUCAGCUCUCGGACACCAUAAAAGACUCCUUCCUUAGUCUCGGCCCCAAACCGACCUCUGAGCCCAAGUCUGAGGCCGUAGAGGUGAACGAAUCUCAGGUGGACGUCUCAUCCAUGAGCUCUGAGGAGAAGCUUCAGGUCCUGCACACCCAGCUGGCUUCCAGGGGUCUGAUAGAGCCGUUACCAGAUCGUUUGACUCCCAUAAAUGAGGAAAUGGAGGACGUGGAGAGCAGGAGAAGCGUCAUGUCAUCACGUCCACCCAGUGCUGUGAACAGUUACGGGGAUGAUGGCGAGAUCUCCAGUUCUUCAGACAGCGAGGAAGAGAUCGUGAAACGCUUCGAGAUCUCAGUCUCGCGUUCUCAGAGUUUCCGCUCCGGGAUCUCAGAGGUCACUACCCAGAGUGCACCGGGGCAACAGCGCAAGUUUGAACGACUGCUUCCUGAGCAGGAGGAGGAGGGCAGUACCGAACCGUCAGACUGCGAAGAUGCAGAUGGAGCUAGCAGGAGAAGUUUCCAGGGCCCGCUCUCUGAACAGAGGGAUCCUCUGACAGAGUCCCUGUUCCAGAGAGACCUCAGCGUGGCGGACACGGUGUCCGUUAGAGGACGCUUGUCUUCCGUGGGCUCUCAGGGAUCUGAAACGCUGUCCCGGGGUCAGAGGAGUCGUCAGGGGAGCGCAGGACGCCGGACUCCCCUCUCACACGUAGAGAUGGACAUGGCACUGGAUAACCGGGGGUAUGAUUACAACGAGGCUACGGACAGCUCCUCUACCUGGAGCCCUGAGCACGAACGUACAGCCAGCGUCAUCUCAGAGCCCCGCCCCCCCAGCACAUCGCCCCGCCCACCCAUCUCCAAAUGUGGUGACCUCGUGGUCGUCCUCAGUUACCGUCCCGACUCCUGUAAGCUCCUGGUCACCGUGGUGAUGGCGCAGGACAUCCCGGAUAAAGCGCGGAGCGGCAUGGACACGUGGCAGGUGCGUGUGGUCCUGCUCCCGGGAAAACGGCAGCGUUACAAGACGGCCGUGCAGAAGGGGUCGACGCCGCGGUUUGGGGAGACAUUCCGCUUCACGCGCCUCGACGCGUCGGAGCUGAACACGUCGGCGCUGCGCUUCCGCCUGUACGCUCUGGGCAAGAUGAACCGGGAGAAGAUGAUGGGAGAAACCAUCUACGCGCUUAACAAACUCAACCCCGAGAGACACGAGGUCACGCUCGUACUGGAACCUCGCAGCAACCUGAAGGCUUUAGACGCUGAGCUGUGUGUAAGCGCUCCUCCUGACAGUGCCUCCUCCGCCCAGUCUCUCUCUCACGGCGGAGUUCCUGAGGUGCUCCUCGGUCUGUCCUACAACCCCACCACCGGCCGCCUCUCCGUCGAGGUCAUCAAAGGGAGCCACUUCCGCAACCUGGCGCUCAACCGACCCCCAGAUACGUACGCCAAGCUGACUAUGCUCAACUCCAUGGGUCAGGAGAUCUCCCGGUGUAAGACGUCGGUCCGGCGCGGACACCCCAACCCGGUGUUCAAGGAGACGUUCGUCUUCCAGGUGGCGCUGUUCCAGCUCUCCGACGUCACGCUCAUGGUGGCCGUGUACAACCGACGCAACAUGAAGCGCAAGGAGAUGAUCGGCUGGCUGGCGCUGGGCCAGAACAGCAGCGGCGAGGAGGAGUCGCUACACUGGCAGGACAUGAAGGAGAGCAGCAACCAGCAGGUGUGCAGGUGGCACGCGCUCCUCGAGGCGUAGACGGACGGACGAAACUGACGACGGGAAUCCACCAGCGUCGACAGGGUUGGGCUUAUAGUGGCGACAAUAACGAGGUGCAAUCGUGCGAGCAGAACGAAUGCAAGCAAAAUAAAACACACGCACACACACGGGAGCGAUUUGACUGGGGUUGUUACGGUUUAGUCACGGCGUAAUAUUUGGGACGGUUGACUUUUUUUCCAAAAACACUGAUUAAAACGCGUUUCCGUCUGUCGCCGUCUCGCCACGCCGCCGUUCGUCGCAGCCUUACGGACAAAGAAGAGUCGAUUUUUUUUAUCAUCAAUCGGUUAUACAGUACGUAAGCCGGUAUAACGUUUCAUUCCAUUUAACUGUAAUAAGAACGAUCAUUUUUCACAAAAUAUCCAGUUGCUCUUGUGUCACGGCUCCCGCGAUCACGCGGUAUCAACACCUUCUAGUCAUUACCCGUCCUGAGAAAGAUUCCUUCUUUACCUCAUGGGUUUUUCAACGGUCCGGAAUAAUCCGCUCGGCCAUGUUAUCUGUUCGGGUAGGAUCCAGGCAACAAAACAAAAGAAAAGAAAAGAACAAAGCCACAGAAUCGGAAGAUCCCGUAGCCAAAGAGAGUGUGUUGAUGACGGGAAAGGUCUGAAGGUUCAUGUUUAUCAGAGGCUUGUUUUGUUUUGUUUUUUUGGGGUUGUUGUUUUUUUUUUUUCUUUCGAGAACGUUGAGCUGGUUUUCCGGGAAAACGUGAAUGAUUAUUUUGGGUUUCCAUCGAGUGCUGUCAUGAUGAAUAGUCAUGAAAAAGACGUCAUUAGAAGACCACGAGCCGAACACACACAGGGGGAUGGAGAGACUGCAAGACCCAACCACACACACACACACACACACACACACACACACACACACACACAGUGUAGUACAUCUGUAUUAUCAAUACACAAGUUUAAAGAACAAAGUAAUUCUCAGCGAUGGCAGUGAAGCGAUGCAUGAUGGGUAUUAAGGGACCCGAUGUGCACUACGUGUGAGAAGAUCUUGAUAGGCGUAUGCGGGUAAUGUUUCUGUUGAUUACAUUUAAACAAAUAAAAGAUGACUACGCCUGUUUUUAGAUAUUGAGUUAUCCUACAGGCAGAUAAUUCUGCUUCGUUUAAAGCGAUUCUUUCUAGAAAGAAGCAAAAUGAUCUCCCGGCUUAAUCUGAUAACGAGCUAUAUCAGAUCGCUUGUCCUUCACUAGGCAACAGAAUGUUCUUCAGUGUGAAAUUCAAGCCAAGGGAAACAUUCCCCACAACGUUACGCCGCCACCACCAGGUUGGCUCCAUGAAUCGAAGGUAUUGAUGCCGAAUUCUGUUGUACAUACUGUUUAUUUUUCCAACGUUCGAUCAUUUCAUGUUCAGUUCAUGUUCAGUUUUUUUUUGUUUGUUUGUUUCCUUUUAUCCACAGAUUUUGCAUUGAUAA